CUAGUGGCCUCGUGGGAAUUGCUAAAAAACAAACCCCCGUCCUGGUUCGGUCUCCAUUCCGCCCAAAACUGACGAGACCGCAACAAGGUCCCGUCUGCAUGUUCCUCGACCGGCAUCUCCCCAGAAUCCAUCCUAUUGGGGACCUUGUGGAGACGGUUCCGAAUCAGGCUGCUUCUGCCGGAAACUGCCUCCUCUUAAAAUCCAGCACCAUGGCAGCUGCGUCGUCGCACAACAACAAUAACAAGCCAACAUGCCCUCGAUCCCCCGUUGACCCGUCCACUGACACUCCAUCAUACGACGAGUCACCCGUCUCGUCGGCUACCUCUGCGAAGCCGCAUGCGCCGCAGCAACAGUAUCUUGGCGGCCUGACUACUGUACCAAGGACGACCCCGGCUUCAUCGGUUCCGGCUUCAGCACCUCAUCCUCCUUCACCACGAUCGCUACCGCAGCCACCACACCCACCGAGGAUCUCCAUUCUAGCAUCAUCUUCGACCGAGAGCCUUCUCAACCACCAGCCUUCUCACCAGAACUCAUUCCGCUCAUACACGCCUGCCACAGCAACGCCCUUCACCAUGGGAGGCCGAGACUCCCUCCCGUCCAACGACUCAGUGUCUGGUACGCCGGGCCCUUCGUCCGGUCACCAGUUGCCCUCAUCCAGUUCACAAGCCCAAAAACGGGCAUAUCGCCAGAGGAGGAAAGACCCAAGUUGCGACGCCUGCCGAGAGAGAAAGGUCAAGUGCGACGCAACCGACACAACCAGCUGUUCCGAAUGCUCGAGCCGAAAUGUCAAGUGCCAAUUCACCAAGGAAACGAACCGGCGAAUGUCUUCCAUCAAGCAGGUGCAGGAUCUCGAGAAGACGCUGGAUAAGCUCAAGCGGGAGAACCUAAACCUGAAGCGAGCUUUGGAGACCCAGGGCCACGGUGUUCAUGGCCAUGCUAGUCAUGGCCUAGGCCGUGGACAACCUCACAUGCCCAUGGACCGCAUGGACAUUGACAGCGGUCCCGUUGGUGGCAUGGGCAUUGAGCAGCUGCUUGCCCUUCUCCUUCCCGAAAUAGGCGCCGAACCGAAGCCGAAGAAGAGACCUGUCCCGAUUCCUGCGCUCGCGCAAGCCCGGUCAAACAUCCGAAUUCCCGCAAAAGGAGUGUGGAAGCCGCCAGCGCAAUACCGACACUCGCCAGCUGGUCCAUCCAUGUUUGACUACACACCGAGGCCCGAGCUGCCCUCGCAACAGACAACGGACCACCUGAUGCGCUGCUAUUAUUCGUCCGCUCAUACCAUGACGCCCAUUAUACACUGGCCCACCUUCCGGCAAGAGGUUGAUAACUUGUACAGGCCAGGGGGACUAUCACAGCAUGCGCCUACGUCGUUUCUGGCCAUGUUCUACGCCGUUCUGGCUGUAGGCGCUCUGUUUUCGUCAGAUCCGCACCGUUCUUACCGGGCAGCCGAAUGGAUCGAGGCCUCUAGGAAGCUUAUUGACCCUUGGGGUAACGACUUUGUGCUGGACCAUGCUCGAUCAUUGGUUCUCAUCAGCAUUGCCCUCAAUGAGCUCAACCUGAAGUCCGCGGCAUGGAACUGGCUCGGGAACGCAGUCAAGGUGGCCCAGGACAUUGGCUUACACUCGGAUAUGGGUUCGUGGCCGUUGAUUGAGAAAGAAAUGCGGAAGCGUACCUGGUGGUCCAUCUACAUUCUGGACCGCAGUCUAAGCCUCGAGCUUGGGCGACCCAUGUUGAUCGACGAUGUCGACUGCGACGUGCCACUCCCGAUGGGCGUAGACGACCACUUCAUACGCGACAACGGAAUGGUUGUUCCCAACGGCGCCGAACCCCUUACUCACUCGCUGCUCGCCAUCACACACGUUGUGCGAUCAUACACUGCCCUCGGCCGACUGCUUUCUUCGUCCGGAAAUGAAGGACCGAUGCUUCACAACCGAAACGAGUUUAUGAGUCCAGCAAUCCCGCCUGCCUGGCUCGCGACCUUCGAUCAAUAUUUCGCGUCAUGCCUACGUACCUUCCCUCCGGCCUGCGACCCUUCUUCUGGCUCCCCACUCGCCCCAGUACUGCUCAACCCGCUGAUCUACCUCCUACAUGCGCGACUCCUGCUUCAUCGCCAGAACCUCUCUCCGCAAUGCCCACCCGAAGCCCGCCUCCUGGCUGUGGAGCAGUGCACAAACAUCGCAUUAGAGACGGCUGCUUACCUGAAGCGCAUGACACCUACCCUUCCCGAGGGAGCCACAGCGCUCACGACCAUGCACAUCUUCCGGUGUGCCUUGUUCCUCCUGCUCAUCGGCCACUUGGACCAAGCUCUCGUGUGCAUACGGGAGCUGGCAACGAUCAACACGAACAGGGAGGUUGCCGUUCCCUGUGGACGUUACCUCUUGUUCUUCGUCGGCGUUGUGGGACAAAAGAGGAGCGAGUAUCUCCAGAGGAUCAUGAUGACUGGGAGCCCAGAACCGGCGCCAGUGAGGUUGAGAAAUGCUCUGGUGAGGGAUGAGGAGCUGAUUGCAUAUGUGAGCGCGGAUUUGCAGGCGCGGCCCGAUACGGCGUGGAUCUGGGCUGGCGGAGAGCAGGACCAUGCGGCUGCUGCAGCUGCGGCGGCGGCGGCUGGACGUGCAGUAGGGAGCACCAGCGGCUCAAGCCCCGGAGGAGCAAACGGAUUGGGAACUCUUUUCAGCGAGGAAGCCAAGAUGGGAUUGUCGAAGGAGGAAAUUAACGAGUGGAACGUCAACAAGGGCUGGACGAGACUGGACGAAAUGGUGCGCGGAUUGGCCCAUCCGCUUGCGGUACCGUUAGCACAGGCACCGAUGGUGCCAUCGACUUCAAGCCAAACACCGACUUCAGCGACCAGACCUACGCAUUCGUUGGCCUCGACGCCUACAUUGGCUACCGCUCCCCAUCCCUCAUACGCACAAGGUCCGCCUCCACCAGUAACGGUCCCCGGACCCCCUCCUCCUCCUCCCUUGCACUAUAGCCAUCAUGCACCACCACCACCACCACCACCACCACCCCGGGGACGCCAAAUGCCACCGAUUCAACCCGGACCCGGCCCGCAACAACCGCCCCCGCCAGCAAGUUGGGGCCAUCCCCCGAGCGGCCCGACCCUUCCUCCCCCGCAACAGUCCCGAUCUCCAUAUAUCCCCCAGCAUGUUCACCACCCCCAGGGUCCUCCACCGCCAGCACAACCCCCAACGCUCCCUAGCAUCUCACCAGCCGGUACUCCCCGUAUUAAGAGCGAACCCGGACUACCAUCCCUACCACCCCUUGGAGCCCUUGGAGGAGACAGAGAUGACAAGCGACCUAUCGGCUUGGGGAUUGGACCAGCCAGUGCCAUUAGCCCCUCCAACAGGGCAGCGGUGCUUCAGAGCAGCGGAGGCGGUGGACAUGGAGCGGGUAGUCCAACGAUGAGUGCCAGCCGCAGCCCAACUAGUGCGACGACGCCGACGACGAUGAUGCCGAACGGAACCUCGAACCCGAACGGUGGGAAGGAGAAUGCGAACGGAAAUGGAGCGGCGGGCUCGAAACCGCCGACGGUAAAGAGUCAGAGUCAGGAGAGGAUCAGCAUUGCCAAUAUUAUUUAGGGUAAUAAUGUGAG